AUGGUUUCUUCCAGGGGCUCUCUGCUUAAACUCCCAAAUGAAAUCCUCCAGCACAUUGCAUCCCUCAUGUCGACCGACCGCGACUUGAGCAUUCUAUGCAAAACUUGCAAGGAGAUCAAUGAGCGAGUGAUGGCCGCGGACUCCGGUAUAUGGCGGACUCGGUUCAAAGAGAAAUACGACCUGGCGAAAGACCGAACCUCCAGGGAACUAAAACCGGAAUAUCAAACUCGCGCCAUUGUGCUCCCAAGGAAGCUGGACUUCAAACAAGCAGAGAAUGAGCAGCAAAAGGUCUGGCUCGAAGUCAUUCAAACGAUGGUCAAGGAGUCGAUCACUCUGCCGGUUCAAAUCGAAAUCUCCAAGACCUAUGGGAAAAUCCGGGAGGUUAUGACACAGGUGGAAUUUCUGAGCCACCCGAAAAGAAACACGCCGUCGGAUAUGUUCUGUGCAGUUCAACUUGUCCGUCUCUUCAACACAAUAACGGAGGAAGAAUUCACUAACGAUUUCUCUCCUAUUAGUGCCUGA